CACUGUUGGUUCAUCAGUUAAACUGAGCUGUAAACAAUGGAUGUGUCUAUUCUGUCUGUCCAUUGGCAUGAAGGAAAGCAGCCCGUGUACAGCGUUGACUUUCAGCCCUCCACGUCGGGCACUACCGAGACGUCCAAGAGGCUGGCGACUGGAGGUGGUGACAAUAAUGUUAGGAUCUGGCGGUUAGUGGAGGUUGUUAAAGACAACGGUGAGGUUGAGACGAGUGUCGAGUAUCUCUCGACUCUGGCUAAACACACUCAAGCCGUUAAUGCUGUGAGAUUCAACCCCAAUGGAGAGCUGCUGGCCACUGCAGGAGACGAUGGCAGUGUAAUGGUAUGGCAAAGAAGCGACACGCUGAUCAAGGAGUUUGGACAAGAGGAUGACGAUAGACAGGAAUCAUGGACUACAACGUUGGUGUGCCGCUCUAAUAACUCUGAGAUAUACGACAUAGCAUGGUCUCCGGACUCUAAGUACAUCCUGACAGGCUCAACGGAUAAUGUCUCGAGGAUAUUCGAUGCAAAGACAGGACAACAAGUAACGCAAUUGUCAGACCACAGCCAUUAUGUCCAAGGAGUUGCCUGGGAUCCCCUGAACAAGUACAUUGCGCUCCAGAGUGCUGACCGUUCGGUCAGUGUCUACGAGCUGAAGGACUCGAAAGAUUCAAGGUCUUUGACCCCAUGUCUAGUUCAAAAGAGCUCGAGAGCCGAAAUCGGCACCAGAGCACGGGAAACAUCGACACAGCUGGGAUCUUCUCCUUUAAAGUCAUCCACUGGUAUCUCCAGUCCUGCUUCUCAAGCCCCACCUCAAAGAACUACGUUAUUGUAUCAUCCUGAGGGUCUCCGCUCAUUCUUUAGAAGAUUGACAUUUUCUCCAGAUGGAAGUUUACUAUUGACACCCGCUGGUAUCUCCAAGACGUUUGACUCUGAUGAAGAAUACCUGAACACUGUGUACUUCUACACGAGGAAAGGGCUCAACAAGCCUCCAAUAGCACACUUGCCAGGCAUGAAGAAACCUGCGUUGAUUGUAUCGUUUUCACCGAUCUUCUACAAAUUGGAUGAAUCUGAGAAAGAGAACUGUUCAUUACACUUACCUUAUAAGAUGGUGUUUGCUGUUGCCACCGUUGACUCGAUCUAUAUCUUUGACACCCAACAUUUAGAGAUGCUAGGAUCGGUUUCCAGUAUUCAUUACAGUACGCUGACUGAUCUUACGUGGAACGCAGACGGCCAAUCGCUGAUCGUUAGCUCUACAGAUGGAUUUUGUACAAAGCUCAAGUUCAACACGGGAAUAUUCGGUGAAGUGUUGACAGUCCCAUUCCAAUCGUUAAUCUCUGGAGAUUAUACACACUGUGCAAAUUCAACAAAGAAGAGAACGUCACCAAAGAACACGGAAUCUUGUAAGAGAAGCAGGAUUGAAGAUACCCCUACAAAGCCUGUAAAACAAGCUGAAUCGAAUCUCUUGGAUACUAGUGCACCACCGUUUAUCAUUGGCAUGUUGAAGAAGACCACGAAGGAGGAACAGAAAGCCGAUAAAAACGAGCAAGUGAUACAUACUCCACCUGUGAAACAGAAGAAGAGGGUAGCCCCAACGUUAAUAACACCCUCCAACACUUCUAAAUAAGAACUACACCAAAAAACAUAUAUAUAAUGGACAAAGAAGGAAUGUAUCAUUCAGUCAACACGCUUAAAUCCUGUUCAUUGGACAGCUGUGCCUGUAAUCGCUUUCUAGCCUUCAAGAUCAUCUCAGCCUUCUUCUCCUGUAGUGUCUUAGCCCUCACAUCUGGUGAGUCUGACCAUUGGGCCUUGACGGUCUUCUUCUCAACGCUGCUUGAGUCAGAAGAGCUCAUCUCGUCAACAUUGUACUUCUUCAACAAGUUUUCUGACUUGAUAUUGUCCACCUUGUUUCUUCUGUCACCAUUUGCCUCGUGUGUAUCGUUUCUAGUGGCGCCACUAGACGCAGAACGCUGUGUAUACCCUGGUGGAUAGGGCAAUGUUCCCUCAC